AUGACGAGAACAGAAAUUCGGAUUGGUCUUCUGAUGACUGCGAUUGGGGCAGUGUUCUGCGCAUGCCCAUCAGGAUGGCAGCCAUAUGACAGCGAUUGCUUCAUAGUUGUGAACCAGAAUAAAACCUGGUUUGAAGCAAACAGUGAUUGUAAUGAUCGACACCCUGACGGCCACCUCUUUUAUAUGGAUUCUUCAAGCUAUAGAUAUAAACACCAGUUAUAUAAACUUGGUAAAAGCAUAAACCUCACCGAAUCAGACGUCUACUACCUGGGCGCAGAGAAGAAUGCAUCCGGUUGGUUCUGGAGCAAUGGCAACAAGCUAAACGCUUUAAUCCUUUCCUUGAUUAAUCAAGACAAUAUUCAGCCUCAAGAGAAUUACUUGGCGGUAGAAUAUACGACAACCUAUAGUAACCAUAAGUUCAAAGCAGUUGAUGGGCGAAGCAAAUACAAAUACAUUUGUGGAAUUGAACAGAAGCUUGUUAAUAUUUCCGUUAAGGGUAUGUAUCUGGACUUAGAGAAAUGUUGUUAA